GGAAGCGGAAGUAGCGGACGGUGCCGCCGGUGGGCCCGGGCGGUGAGUCGGGGCCAGGGGUCUCGAUGUGGCGGUGUCGGCUUGGCAGCGCCGGGGCUGUGGGGUUUUAUGUUGUCGGUACCGGCUGAGUGGGCCUGGGCGGUGGGGGCCUGAGGAGCUCCGGGGUCCGGUGAAGGGACCGGUCUGGGGGUCCUUGACAAGCCCCAGUGAGGGUCCCGGGUGGUUGAGCCCUGGUACCCAGUCAGGGGGUCUGGACUGUUGUGUUCCAUGAGCCCCAGUGAAGAGCCCGGGCUGGGGCUCCCUGACGAACUCCAGUGCCUGCUGAGCGUCCUGCUCAGUUGAGCCCCAGUACCCCCUCAAGGAGCCCGAGCUGGGGGGGUCCCUGACGAGAGCCGGUACGGGGUCGAGCUGUGCCAAGCCCUAUCUCUCGUUGACCAGCCUGGGUGUUUGGCGCUUGGCAGCCCAUCUGCCCACCCCACCAUGCCGGGCCAGGGCCCCUCGGGGUCCCGCCGGCCGCUGCUGGCCCUGGUGGUCGCGCUGGGCUGGCUGCUGGCCCUGCAGCUGCUGCUGGACCUGCGGGCGCUGGGGCUGCUGUGCGGGGCCCUGGCGGUGCUGGGAGGCUGGCUGGGCCCCCCGGCCCUGGUUCCCCGCGGCCGCCGGCUACGCCUGGAGCGCUUCGUGAGCUCUCUGCGGGCCCCGCCCGGCUGCCCCGCGGACGAGGCGCGGCUGGAGCGGGAGAUCGCCAGCACCAUCCGUAAGGUGGUGCGGGAUUUCGUGGCCUCGUGGUACCGCACGGUGAGCAGGGAGCCGGCCUUCGAGGCCGAGGUGGAGAGGGCCAUGGUGGGCCUGGCUGCGGAGCUGCGGCGGCGCAUGGCGCGGGUAGACCACCGAGCCCUCGCCCGCCGCCUGCUUCUGCUCUGCGGGCAACACCUCCAGAGCUUCCUGCGGGCACGGGACGCCCUGAGGGCCGACCCCAAAGGCGGUGGGACGCUGUGGCAGGAGUACAGCCGGCUGGCAGGGCCGCAUCCUGCCCUGCUCAGCCCCGCGGCUGAGGUCGGAUGUGCCCGCGCGGCCGUGGAGACGCUGCUGCAGGCGUUGGUGCCGUGGCCACACCUGGAAACGCGGACGGGCCGCUUCGUGGUGGUGGAGCUGGUGGCCUGCAAUGUGCUGCUGCCGGCCGUCAGGAAGAUGUCUGAUCCCGACUGGAUCAAUCUGCUGCUCAUUGGGAUGUUCUCCAAGAAGCCCCGCGGUGGAAAGCCCCACACUGCACCCCCAGUGCCAGAUUCCUUGCCCUUCCCAGCACAGAUGGAUACGGCUCCUGCCGGGCUACCCCCCUCCCCGAGGGUUGUGGAGGGGCUCAGGAGAGAGGCAGAGACUGCUGGCGAGGAGGGAGAGGAGAUAAGGAGGUCGUGCCACACAGAGGAGCCUUUCCUGCGCCCCCAAGCCCUGGGAUCCCUCUUCCCCUGCGAGGGUUUGGAGCUGGAAUCCUCCACACCCAGUGUGGGCCAGGACACGGACCUGCUGGCACCAUCCCCCACUGGGGAGCUCCUUGAUGAGCCCCCCCAGGACCCCUCUGUGCCAGAGGGCCUGGCCUCUUUGGAAGAUGGAACCGGAGACCUGGAGGAGGGUCCUGCCCCCAGCUCAGAUGUUGGGCUGCUUUCCACCUCUGUCUUGAGCUCCUGCCCUGACAUCCAGAUUGAGCCGGUGGUGGAGAAGGAGGAGGAAAGCCCAGCAGUCCCCAGGAAGUUCUCCUCGCAGAGACUCUCUGUUCUGGGGAGAGAUCUGGGGGCAGCAGAGGGCCUACCACAUAUCGCCCCAGAGGCCGGGCAGUCCCUGCCCCUGCUCUCAUCUUCCCCAACAGCUUCCAUGAGCACCUUCAGCUUUGAGCCCCUGAGCAGCCCUGACGGGCCGGUCGUGAUCCAGAGCCUGCGGAUAACUGGGACCAUCACUGCCCGGGAGCACAGUGGGACUGGCUUCCACCCAUAUACCCUGUACACUGUCAAGUAUGAGACAGUCCUGGAGGGUGAGGGUGCAGGGAGCCUUCAGCAGGUGGCUUAUCACACCGUGAACCGCCGCUACCGGGAGUUCCUCAACCUGCAGACCCGGCUGGAGGAGAAACCGGAGCUCCGCAAGUUCCUCAAAAACAUCAAAGGCCCAAAGAAACUGUUCCCUGAUCUCCCCUUUGGAAACAUGGACAGCGAUAAAGUGGAAGCCAGGAAAAGUCUUCUGGAAUCCUUCUUAAAGCAAUUGUGUGCAGUCCCUGAAAUUGCCAACAGUGAGGAGGUGCAGGAAUUUCUUGCCCUCAACACAGACGCCAGGAUCGCAUUUGUCAAGAAGCCCUUUGUUGUCUCCAGGAUAGACAAGAUCGUCGUCAAUGCUAUUGUGGACACUCUGAAGACGGCAUUCCCCAGGUCAGAGCCCCAGAGCCCCACGGAGGAUCUGAGCGAGUCUGAAGUGGAUGGAAAGUCCCAGACAGAUGGGAAGAAGGCGACCAAGUCCAGGCUGAGGUUCUCGUCUAGUAAAAUCACUCCAGUGCUGAGUGUGAGUGAAGCUCAUGACAGGAUAGUGUACUCCAUCAGGGAGGGCAGCGCUGUCUCUGGCACCCUGUCGCUGGCUGCUAUGGAAUCCUUCAUCCAGAAGCAGGAGAAACUGCUGGAAGCAAUCCCUAGCAAAGCUCCUGAAGGCGAGGGAGGCAGAGAACCUAAGGGAAGCUCUGUGCAGGAGGAUGUGGAUGGGACACAUCUGGACACGGACUCUGACUCUGAGACAGCUUUAGCUGAUCUGGCCCUGGAUGUGCUUCGCCUGGUGCUGGUGGAUCACUGGAGCUGGCUGUGCACAGAGAACAUUCAGAAGGUCUUCAACCUGCUCUUUGGGACCCUUGUUCAAAGAUGGCUGGAAGUGCAGAUGUUUAACCUGACCUGCACCCAGCGUUGGGUCCAGUACCUCCAGUUGCUCCAGGAAUCCAUCUGGCCCGGAGGAGUUUUACCAGCAGUGCCUAAACCCCCCAGGACAGAGGAGCAGAAGAAGGCAACAGCAGAUCAGGCCCUGCAGAGCCUGAUGGGGAUCUUGCCUAAUGUGAUCCAAGAAAUCCUUGGGACCAGCAAGUGUCGGAUGAGUUGGAACCUGGUGCUGGAGUCCCUGAGCCAGCCUGUGAUAAACAGGCACCUGGUUUUCUGCCUCUUGGACAUUCUGCUGGAGUUCUUGGUCCUGAAGGGCUCCAGUGAGGAGCCCAAGGCUGCAGCUGUGGCACCAUCUGCUUAUGGUGGACUGGACAAAGCAGUAGGACUGGUCGAGCCAGCAGUGGGGGAGAGAAACAGCCACAGGCAUGGGAUGAUUUGAUUUUCAGUGUUUACUAAUCAUGUCUGGGAGCUUCAUGUACAGAAUAUUUCCAGCCAGUGCUAAAGGAAGCUACUUCCAGGCUUCUCUCUUCCGGCCAGGUGGUGGAUUAAACCCAGCGUCAGGGACUGAACAUCUACUGUGUAUCUGUUCCAUUGCUGACCUGAUGGAGAGCCUGGAAUGAAGAUGCCUGAGCAGUUGGAGAAGGAUAUUCAGGCUGCUCACAAACCCUAUAGUCUUGCCCAUAUUUCUGAACAACUGUAACAUCUGAAGGCAGAGAUAGCACGUAAGAUUUGCUUUUGUGGCAUCGGGCUUCACCUGGCACUGGCACAGAGAGACUUGAUGUGAUGGGAUCUUGUUGUUCCUGCAAGAAGGUGAAGGGAGGGGAAAUGCUGUCCCUGCUCUUUAAUCAUCCUGCCUUGUGCCUGCAAUGCCCAGUUGGUGUUACUAGAAAGAAGAUGGGGAGGGAAUGGAGUGUGGAGAUGUGGUGAUAGUCCUGAAGUCAGUGUCCAGCUGCCCAAAUACCUGGGAGGUGAGAGCAGUGCAGGAAUCAAAGCUGCUGUCCUGCCUUAGUGACAAAGAUCAGCUACUUCCCACUGCCACUGCUCUGACAUGGUCUAGUUCUUCAUCAUCUGCCUGAUCAGUAGGAUGCAGGUGGACUGUGAUCCUGGGAAAGAGAACUCUCCUCAGGCUAAGGAGGAAUGGCAGCUUGGCUAGACUGUAGGAUUCCCUUUCUGAGUCAUCUUUUAGUCCCUGGGGCUGUCACCUGGAAGGCACAGGAGAAAAGAAGUUGACCCAUAUGUGACACAGCAAGGAAAUCAGCUCCCACACAAAAGUGCUUGUCACGGGAAGUUCUGGAAGAGGAGGGAACAGCCAGGGAUGAACAGCCAGUGGGUCAGAUCACAGCAAAGGGCUUGAGAGUACCACCUGAGCUCUGGUGUUGAUUGUGUGUCACCUGCUUUGGUUUGCUGUGCAAUAGUUCUGUGCAGAGGGCUCUGGGAAGCUCAUCAGGUCACCAUGUCCUACCUGGCACAGAAUGGACAUGGAUUUGGCAGCUGCUUCCCCAGGUUGUCCAAGACUUGAGUGGUUUGUAAGCUAAUGCUGCUCAGGUCUCAGUACAAAAGGACAGAAAUGCACCAACAGACUGGAUUGAUGAUCUUUUUUGGUGUAUUUCUGGGAGAAAUAUGAUCUGAGCAGUGCUGGAUGUGGCUGAUCAAGGCAUUCUCUACAGAUCAAAGGGGAGGGAAUCAUGCAGGAUCACAGCUACUGUCUGUUACAGUACUACAUGAGGCAUUUCAUCUCAUAGAAUCGUGGAGUAUCAGGUGGGAAGAGACUGCCUGCUGUUCCUUGGAGCUGUAUGCUCCAUGGCACAUUUGGAGGGAAGGCAAUGCAGCUCCAAUGUGCCUGUUCUGCUCUUCCCAGAAGAGCUGCUUAAUAAUGGACCCGCAGCAGUGUGAGCUGCUUCCUGCUUCUGUGUGUUUUGUGAAAAUACAGGAAGGGAUUGGCUUGCUGUCUGCAAAUAUAUUUUUAGGGAGCUCUAAGGACAUGCCAAGAUUAGGCAAAAUCCAAUAUAAUGAAGCAAAGCAGUUUUGCAUCACUUUAUCAGAGCCGUUUCUCAGCAGUAACACUUGGGAGAUGGUAGAUUGGCCACUUGCUUGGAAAAGGAGGGAGGCGUAAAGUGUAUUAGGCAAAGAGUUGGAGAGUGCUUUGGGAUAGUCCCAAAGCAGAGAUUAUUGGGAAGGAGGGCUCAAAUAUAUCCUUAAAUACCUACUUGGAGAGCAGCUGCUUCACCCUGUCUUUCACUGCUAGGCUCGUUUCUCUUCUUUUUCCUGUUGCUUCCAUUUACUGCCCCAGCUGUCAGGAGUGGGAGCAGGAGCCAUUGGCCAGGGAUGAUGCAGCAGAGCUCUGUUGUGCUUGGUGCCUUCCCAGAUGCUCUUGUUGUGCUUGUUUGCUGUUGCUUCCUAAUUAAUUGUGUGGUUUGGAGUUCCAGGACCCUGGUCUGUCAUUAAUUAGGGAUAAUAUUAAGGAUUAAAUUAAGGACUGUAAAUUAUGCACUGCCAGCUCCAGGUCAGGGCAAAAGUCUAGCACGGUCCUUACACACACUGGAUAUGGCACUGGAAGAAUGAGCUGAUGCUUCUCCUUUGCCAGGAAGCCCAAGUUAUCCCUGCUGUUAAACCUCAUCUCUGCAAUUAUGCAAAUGACUGAAUAUUCAGGAAAUAAUUUGUGGGUACUGCCAGUUUGGGAGCUGAUGCUUUGCUGGGAUGGUGUAGCCAUGAUCUGGGGUUGUACCAGCAGGAACAUCCCCCUCUGUGUUUAUUUACGUGGGAGGAGCUGGGGCAGAGAGAGAUGAAGUAGAUUUACUUACAUGCACUUUGAAGUCAGUAUUGGAGUUGGAAACAGACCUAGGAGUUUGGAUUGCGAGAUCUUUGUUUUAAUCUCCAGAACCCCCUUUCUUGUCUCGUUUAGGCUGAGCCCUUUCUCAUGCUCUCACUGGCUGGGCUUCAAUCUCCCAUUCCCUCCUUGGUCUGGUCUCACAGCUGAGGUGAAGUUGCCCAGGAGCAAAUAGCCCCUCUCUGGAUCUUGUUGUUAAGGAAUAAAAAAAUCCAAUAAAAAGCUCA